CUCGAAUAAUUACACAAGUUAUCACCGACAAACACGGCCGCUUCACAACCAUUAAAUUAAAAAAGAAAUGGAAAAUCAGAGAAAGCGAAAGCCGGAGACUGUUGUCGCGUCGGUACACCAAAAGCGAGUCAAAUUACUCAGUGGAAUGCCCGUGAGGCGCGACCUCCUGGAACGUCAUUAUGGCAGGGUCACCUCGUUAAGAGAAUAUGUCCUGUCCAAGUUGCCUCGAGGAUCUCGACUCCGACGGAAGAAGGUUGCAUCCAUCAGUGAAGCAGAUGAUGCUGGAGAGAAUGAAAAGACUUUAUCACGACUCCUUGAUACAUCAAUUGUUUGUUUUGCCCAUCAAGAAGCCGACAACGACGAUACGAGAUGGGAGCAAUGGUUAGCAUUCUCACAGAGAGAGGACGAGUCUUAUGUCAGUCUUUCCGAUGGUAUUGCUGGAUCGAUUUUCUCCCAAAAUGAGGUUAGUGUAGCCUCUCUAUUUGUAUGGCAAACCGCUUAUAGUCAUAUAGAUUGUAGAUUUUGUUGUAUGGCGUCUCUUCUUCAGGGAUGUGCAAGCCGGACGACGACCCAAGCACCUAUUGUGUGACGGGUUUAGGAAAUCAGCCGGACCAGAUGACCAAGGAACUACCACUAUUCCUGGCCUCUUCAGCCUCUUUCCCAACUCUAACGUUCAGGCGCUUAGGGAAGACCCUUGGCCACAAUUGUUGGCCCUUCUUGGCAGAGCUGGAGAGAAAAUCAUGAUCAAUCUCCUUGUUGAUACCUCUAUAUAUCUAGCAGUUGAAGCAGGUUUCAACAAUUAUCAUCAACUGACAGGUGUACCACUUGCAGAGUUUGACCUUCAUGGACGCAGUUUGUCACAGGUUAAAG